GUGUGCGUGUGCGCGUGUGUGUCUGUGCAAGCGUGCGUGUCUGCGUGUGACUUCCCACUUUGAGGAAUGGAAGGGGGGAAUAAAACCACACACACACACACACAGGCGCGCGCACGUGCACACACACACAGACCCGGAACAUUUGAAACAUGAGUUGUUCUUUCACAAUACACACACACACACACACACACACACACACUUGGGAAGCUUGGCGAGCAAGGAGCGACUAGUGCGCACAAGUGUGUCCGCUUUAGGCGCGCAUGAGGACGGCGAUGCUGCAGCUCUGUGCCCCCUCUCCCUCUCUCUGCAACUUUUUUUCUGCAACGCAUCCCUAAAGGAAGUUUGGAUUUUUUUUUCCCCCCCUGCUGGAACUUCUUUUUAAUAAAUAUGAGAGGUCGGUUUGCUGUCACUUUUCCACGCCUUUUAAUUGCCGAAAUGUCUUAUUCGGUUUUGAGGGUGGGAUAAAAGAGGAGCGGGAAAGGAGAAAGAAGGUGUGACAACUGUGGAUCUCCGCAAGUAACUCCUACUACCGUCCAAAAGAGGGGGAGGAUGAGGGGGGGCAUCGGCCAGUACCCCCCUCUCCUUGAUUGAUUAGUUAUUAGUCAUCCCUUUGGCUAAAUGGGACCCAUUGAAAAGGCACCGUGGAACACAUACAUGAAUCAAAUAUUCCCGUGUCCCUUCAAUGUCUCCACAGUAGUUUUGCUUAAGAAGAGAGGGGGUCGUGGCUUAGCAAUAUAAAGAGAAGGAAGGUUUAUUUAGCCACUUUUCCACCACAAAAAGAAGAAGAGGAAAAAGAAGAGAAAGUGUGGACUAUAUAUUUUUUCAUUUUUAUGUCACAUUUGAGUGGCAUUUUUCCCAUUCUCAAAAAAUGAAACUUUGGGCAUCACCCUGGCUGUCCUGCCUGGUGAUUCUUAUCCUCUGCUUUGCAUCAGAGUGCGGGACAGUCCGGAGGAAAGGCAGAUCCAAAAGGGACUUGGUGCGUUUGAGGGAAACCAGAGCCACCAUCCCGGGGGCUUGCGCGACGCGUCUGCCCCGGGGCAAGCGCUCUCUGGCCGGCUUGGAGCGCCGGGGGCUCCGGCAGCGUCGGCGCUCCUCGCAGCCGGAGGUGAGCUCCCCCGAGCGGGGUAAGGCUGUUUAUUUCACCGGCAGGGGCGAUCAGCUCCGGUUGAAGCCUGGCGUGGAGAUCCCCAGAGGAAACUUCACACUUGAGAUGUGGAUCAAGCCGGAGGGGGGUCAGCGAUCGCCGACUGUUAUCGCAGGCCUUUACGACAAAUGUUUCUACGCAUCCAGCGACCGAGGCUGGCUGCUUGGCAUCCAGUCCGUCAGCGAACACGGCAACCGCGACCCUCGCUUCUUCUUUUCUCUGAAAACGGAUCGUGCCCACAAGGCGACCACUAUACACUCCAACGCCCGCUACGCCCCCAAUCAGUGGGCUCACUUAGCUGUCACGUAUGACGGCAUCUACAUGAAGCUCUUCGUCAAUGGCGCCCAAGUCGGUGUGAGUCGGGAGCAAUCCGGCGAUGUCUUCAGCCACCUCACUAAAAAGUGCAAAGUCCUGAUGAUCGGUGGGAAUGCUCUGAAUCACAACUACCGGGGGGCGGUAGAGAGGGUGGCUCUAUGGAGGCAGGCUCGGGGUCAGCGGCAUAUUAUCAGGGAUAUGCAGGGCCACGAGGAUCCUCAAGAUCUACCUCAGCUGGUCAUACGGGAAACAUUUGAGCACCCGGGUAGGAAGUGGCUAACUGUGAAAGAUGGCAGCUUCCCUCAGCCGGAGCAGAGGGGAAGUGGACGGAUAGGUGGAGGAAAUGCUGAAGGAUUAUUAGACACCACGUUGGAACCUCCAGCUUGUGGUCAAACUGUCUGUGACAACGUCGAGGUCAUCAAACACUAUAACCAACUUUGGAGUUUUCGUCGGCCCAAGAAAGUGCGAUACCGUGUGAUAAACAUCUGGGACAAUACUCGGACGAAGCCGACCGUGUCGGACCACCAGAUCAUCCUGCAGCACCAGCAGCUCAACGACGCCUUCAGCCCUUAUAACAUCACCUGGGAGCUCAGCAUCCACAAUGUCACCAACUCCUCCUUGAGGAACCGCUUGAUUCUCGCUAACUGCGAUAUUAGCAAAGUGGGUGAUGAUGCCUGCAACCCAGAGUGCAACCACCCGCUCACCGGGUACGACGCCGGUGACUGCGUAUCGGGGCACCGGAGCCGCUGCCCAGAGAGCAAGCAGGGUAACGGCGUAUGCGAUGCGGAAUGUAACUGGGAGAAUUUCUUCUACGACCUUGGCGACUGUUGCAAUCCCGACGUAACGGAUGUGACCAAGACGUGCUUCAACCGCUCCUCACCACACAAAGCCUAUCUGGACGUGAAAGAGCUGAAAGAGAUUCUGCACUUGGAUGGCUCCACUCACCUGAACGUCUUCUUUGCCAACUCCUCUGAUGAAGAUCUAGCGGGGGUUGCCACUUGGCCGUGGGACAAAGAAGCCCUCACGCAUUUAGGUGGAAUUGUGCUGAACCCGUCUUUCUACGGUACCUUCGGCCACACCGACACCAUGGUGCACGAGAUCGGCCACAGUCUGGGACUCUACCACGUUUUCCGAGGGAUCUCGGAGAUCGAAUCCUGUAACGAUGCGUGCUUGGAAACGGAGCCCUCCAUGGAGACCGGAGAUCUGUGUGCAGACACUAAUCCCACGUCCAAGUUCAAAGGCUGCCACGAUCCAGAACCGGGGAACGAAACCUGCGGUUCUCCGCAUUUCACUCACACGCCUUUUAACAACUACAUGAGUUACGCAGAUGAUUCCUGCACCGACUCUUUCACCCUCAACCAAGUGGCUCGGAUGCACUGCUACCUGGACCUGGUUUACCAGACCUGGCAACCGAACUCCAAACCCCCUCCGGUGGCAAUGCCCCCACAGGUGGUGGAGCAACAUCACAACUCCUUCACGUUGGAAUGGUUCCCACCCAUCUCGGGACACUUUUACGACAGAGAAUUGGGAUCAGUGUGCGAUAAAUGCACCGAGGGGCGAGUUCUACUGCAGUACGCCUCCAACUCAUCAUCCCCACGACCGUGCGCGCCCUCUGGUCACUGGUCACCGCUCGAGGCUGAAGGUCCCCCAGAUGUGGAGCAAGCUUGCGAGCCAAGUGUGCGCACGUGGAGCCCCAACGCGGGCAUCGAGCAGGGCAUCGUGGGCCUGUCCGAGUGCCCCCUCCAGGGCUGCAUGCUCCAACUGGAGUUCCCCUACCCGCUGGUGCCGGACUCUCUGACCGUCUGGGUCACCUUCUUCAGCCCCGAAGAAACGGCCCUUCCUGCCAUCCACAACAUCCUCCUCCUCACCGUCAGCGGCAACAACAUCUCUUUGGGCCCCAGCAACGUCUUCUGCGACACAGCGCUCACUCUGAAGCUGGACAUAGCGGAGGAAGUCUACGGGGUCCAGUUUUUCACCAUGGAGCAACACCUGGAGAUAGAUGCCACCCUGUUAGCGUCCAAACCCGACUGCUCGCUGUGCAGCGACUGCCAACCCCUGCGUUACCGCCUGUUGAGGCAGCCGCCCUUCACCCACGCACCACAUGGGCUCAUUUUCAACGAACCCAGUCGGCGGUAUACAGACAGGGAUGUGGAGCCGCAUGUGGUGUACACCUAUCAGGUCCAAACCAUCUCCAGCCGCAGCGAGAGCCAGCCUUCCCCACCUCUGGUGCAUGAACUUGGGGCAGCCUAUUGUGGGGAUGGACGGAUCCAGAGUUCCAAAGGAGAGGAGUGCGACGACAUGAAUUCCAUGAAUGGCGAUGGAUGCUCCAGUCAGUGCAAGAAAGAGGCUUUCUUCAACUGCGUCGAGGAGCCAAGCAUGUGCUACUACUACGAUGGUGACGGCAUUUGCGAGGACUUUGAAAGAGAGAUUGGCGUUCGAGACUGCGGGCUCUACACCCCGAGUGGUUUCCUGGACCAGUGGGCCUCCAGUGUAGAUGUUUCACAUGAGAAGAAACCAUACUGCUCGGGUGAGGUGGCUGCUGGAUACCCUGCUGUUACCAAGACAUGUCAGUCCAAGGUAUUUGACCUUUCCGACGGGGUGUCCCAAUACGCAUGGUUCCCCUGUCGUGAGGCCCACAAGACUUCAUGGGGAUACCCAAACUACUGGCUCAAGGCCCACUUCUCUCAUCCAAUGGUGGCGGCAGCGGUGAUUAUUCACCUGGCGGCCGACGGCACGGGAUACAUCGACCAGACUCAGUGUAAUAUCACUGUUCAGCUGGUGGACACCAAAGAGGGGAUCCAUAGCCUGGGUGAGUGGCGACUGAGUUGCCGUACCAACCCACUGGUUAUCCCGGUCAGCCAUGACCUGUCGGUGGCCUUCUACCACACCAAGGCCAUCCUGGUUAUGUUCGCCUCUCGCCUGGUGGCCAUCUCCGGGGUUGGUCUGCGUUCCUUCCAGUCCUUCGACCCCAUCACCAUCAGCGGUUGCCAGAGCAAUGAAAUUUACAAUCCCACGGGCCAGAGUUGUGUACAUUAUUCGUGCGAAGCCAUCGACUGCCAGGAGCCUUUAAUCCGCAAUGCAGAGCUCAAGUGCAGCAACGCCGGCCGCCACUUCUACAACGGAGACCGCUGCACCAUCUCCUGCAACUCGGGCUACGUCCUGCAAGUCCACCAGGAUGAUGACAUCAUCAAGAGCCAGUCCGACUCUUUGGUGACCAUCACCUGUGCAAACGGCAAGUGGAACAAACAAGUGUCGUGCGAGCCAGUCGACUGCGGCCUGCCCGAUAAAUACCACGUCCACCCGGCCCACUUCAACUUCCCGGAGGGCACCACCUACGGCAGGAAGAGCACUUUCCAGUGUCGUGAACCUGCCCAGCUUGUAGGUACAAACAACACUCUGACCUGCCUGGAGGAUGGUCUGUGGUCCUUCCCCGAGGCUUUAUGUGAGCUUCGCUGCCCAGCUCCUCCGCCGGUGCCCAAUGCCGUGCUGCAGACCAAGCGCUGCAACGAGACGGGCCUGAAAGUGGGGACGUUGUGCAAGUACAAGUGCAGGCCGGGCUAUCAUGUGACUAAUAAACCCAAGAGGCGUGCGUUUAAGCGGCAGUGCACGGAGGACGGCAGCUGGCUGGAGGGUGCGUGCGAACCGGUCACCUGUGACCCGCCGCCCCCCAUCUUCCACGGCUCCUACCACUGCACCGACGGCUUCCGCUUUGACAGCGUUUGCCGCCUCAACUGCUCGACCGAUGCCGCCGGUAAUAGCGCUAAUGCCGUCACAGGAGGCUCCGCCCACACGGUGAGGCUGCUGCACGCUCCAUGCAAGCAGGGCGCCGGCUCCAAUGUGAUCCGCUGUAGGAAGGAUGGAAACUGGACGGGUUCAUUCCGUCUGUGCCCCAACAGCAAAGGCCAGUGUUCUUUACCUCAGAAUCUGCAUUACAGCCUCCAGUACUCAUGCAAGCGAGGACAUGGCAUAGGUGAGGAGUGCGAGCUGACGUGCCGAGAGAGCAACAACGACGUGGUGAUCCUCCCUAGCAACAUGACCGUGGAGGGCAUGCUCAAGGAGCACUGGAGGAACCCACACAAGGUCAAGAGCAUUGUCUGUACAAUGGGACUUAAGUGGUAUCCGCACCCAGAAUUACUCCACUGCAUCAAAGGAUGUGAGCCAUUCAUGGGAGACAACUACUGUGAUGCAGUAAAUAACCGAGCCUUCUGCAACUACGAUGGAGGAGACUGCUGCCAAUCCACUGUCAAGACCAAGAAGGUGAUUCCCUUCCCCAUGUCCUGUGACAUACGAGAUGAGUGCUCCUGUCGGGAUCCUAAUGCUAUGGAAAACAAAAGAGAAGAAGGCGUCCAUUCCCUGGGGUGACCGAACCCACAAAAGGAGGAUGGGAACCCUUUUCAACAUCCCAAAACACCUUUACUCCAACACCACACAGCCUGAGUGGCCGAGGCCGACCCCCUCCAUUUUCAUCCUCCAGUUUCCUGCACAUGCUGCUUUGAACAGGUAUACCUCUCCAUCCUCGCUUACACCCCAAAACCAGCCGGAAUGAUCGGGAAAGGACAAGUGGACUCCAUGGAAAACAUCAUUUAUAUAAGGGUCAUCAUUCUUCGUCAUCAAACGUAUAACCAGAAAGAUUUUCUUUUGCUAGAGAAUUAAAAAAAAACAAAAUAUAUCAACAGAGACAAUAGGCUGUAGCAUGCCUUUUGACCAGUAUGUACUUUAGUGUCCUUCAUGGUUGAAGCAAUUCCAAAUGUUUCUGUAGGAGGGGGUUUGGUUGUUGGAUCAAUAAUUCCAGAUAGAAAGGAAAUGAAGACACAUGUUUCUCAGACACUUUUGAAGGCAUGAGGUUUGGCACAAACGGUUCUGUAUCUUUUUAAUUUUACUCAACAACAACUAAAAAAAAAGUGUUUCUUCAUCGGCACAUCAGAAAACCGCUUGGUGGGUGGGGGAAGGGGGGGCGAUAUGCUUCUAUUUCUCAUCGACACUCCAUAGAUUCCACACAAAAGCAAACAUGGAAUCAACAAAUAGGGGCAGAAAACUGUCGGAGUAAUUACCAUCCCGGGAACCGCAGAAACAAUAUUCCCAUGGAGUUAGUUUUUUUAUUUCAUUUAGAAAGAAAACACAGAAUGCGUAAUGAAAACAACGCCUGCUACUGUGUCGCCAAGAUUCUGCACUUUAGCUUUUGUCUUCGGUCAGUCACAUUUUCACGCGGGAUUUAAAACAAAAACAAAAAAGAAAACUCAUUCAUUCAUUUUUUACCGCUUAUCCUCACGAAGGUCGCGGGGCAGGGGUGCUGGAGCCUAUCCCAGCUGUCUGAAAUUAGGGCGAGAGGCGGGGUACACCCUGGACUGGCCAAUCACAGGGCACAUAUAGACAAACAACCAUUCACACUCACAUUCAUACCUAUGAACAAUUCAAUUCAAUUUUGGAAUGUGGGAGGAAACCGGAGUACCCGGAGAAAACCCACGCAUGCACGGGGAGAACAUGCAAACUCCACACAGAGAUGCCUGAGGGUGGAAUCGAACUCGGGUCGGGCACACGACCAAACUGUAACACCUUAUUUUGUGUUUGGUCGAGUCUUAGUCUCCUCGGCAGUAAAUACCGAAGACCCUUUUUCUCCACUUAGGACUGAAGCGUUCAAUGCAGCGUGUAUUUUUGUUUUACAAUUUUACCGCGGUACCAACUUUCUGUACUUUUAACUGGAAGUCAAAUCAGCUCCGUUGGGAAUGUAAGCGUUAUGAUUGCGUAGCGGCGUUUAGACGUACAGUACAAGGGCUGGUUAUUCACGUCAUCACGCUUCCAUGGACACGGUUGUGCACGUAACAAAAUGGCCACCAUGUUAAGUGCACUUGUCCCAUCUACACAUAGCGGUUCUUGUGUGUCUUUCCCCACCAAUCAAGUCCCGCACCCACACCCCCCCACUACAAACACACUGCUGCUGCUUGGCUUACCAGGCCCCCCCCAAAUGUUGCUGCUCUGCCGCAUCCGUGGUUACAGUCAGCGUGACUUUUUAUUGGACUGGCAAAAGGCUGCUAUAAGCGUUCCAUGCCAUCCUCAUGUGUGUCGGGAAUCGUCAUACGCAAUGAAGGUAUUAUUCCCAACCCCCAAAACAACAUACAAAUGUAAAUAAUUUCCGCUGUCUUUUCAGGUUUGUCUUUUCUUGACCAAAUGUCAUAUUCAAUUAGUUGUUUGUGUAAAUGACCUCAGUUACUGCACUUUUUGUUUUAGUUGCUAAAUCUUCCAAAAAAGUGUCUGCUAGAAGAAGCUGCUAUUGUCGGAUUGGUGAUGCCAGACUAACUGUAUUAUAUCCGUCCUUCCUACUACCUGUGUUGCCGCUUUAAGACCAUUGCUUACAUCACUGCGCUGGUUUUAGGAACCUCAACUUUAACUCCUAAUGUAUUUCUACCAUGAACAAUAUGACAGGUGGAGGCGUUAGCGUAUACAGUGGAACUUCCAAGGCUGCCAUUUUUUUAUGUUUCAAUUUUUUACAUAACAAUGAAAAUUAAAAUAAUGUGUUCCAGUGCCAAACUUCUACCAUCUAAACUUUUUUUUAAAAAAGGAGAAAACUGCAGUAAUACCGGCGCCGUACCGAAAGAACAAGAUGGCGGAUAUGAACGGCUGAAAUGAGUUUCCUCCAUAAGGUGGCUGGCCUCACCCUAAGAGACAGGGCGAGGAGUUCAGUCAUCCAGGAGGGGCUCGGAGUAAAGCCUCAGAGCCAGACAACUCCUUGGUGAGGGGCUCGCUCGGGUGGGAGAAGGCCCCCGGGGCAGACCUAGGACACGCUGGAGGGAUUAUGUCUCCCACCUUGGAGUCCUCCUGGUGGAAUUGGAGGAGGUGGCCGGGGACCGGGAAGUCUACUCAGACCCCCGCCCCCGUGACCCGCAUAAGCGUAGAAAAAUGGAUGGAUGGGGAAAACUGUGCUUAUGGCGUAUUUUUCCUUAAUUUUUCAAGAACUAAAAACUGUACAACUUUAGAUACAUUAGACUUUGGAGGUUCCACUGUAUUUUUGAUAUUUUAAUAUCUUUAAUAUCAUCUGGCUCGACUGUAAAUUUUUUUUGUUUGUCUUGUUUGGCCCUAAUUUUUGAAGGUACACAAAUGGUAAACAGAAGGAAAACCUAAAUGAAGAAAAAGCAAAUUCAAUCUUCUAAACCUUGUUGUUAGAAAUAUGAAAUAUGUAAUAUACGGCUGCUUUACAUACAACUAUAACCGGUGGGGGGCCGGGGGGGGUGAUCAUUUCAAGAAAGUUAUAUACUUUAUUCAUAUCUGAGAGAAAUCCACGUGGUUUUUAAAUCAUAGAACUUUCUAUAGCC